AUGGACGAAAGUGCCCUUGAAAAUUUGCCAGCUGGCAACGUCCCUAACGGUUCUAGGUACCAAUUUUCAGUCGAGGUCAAAGCCUCAGCUACUGUUCUGAUAUUUUUAAAACGUAAGGCCCUAUUUAUACGUCAAUGUCCAAGUGAUAUUCUUCACCAAACAUUAACAAAAGCCAUCCAGAUAUCAUUACACAUAGAUUUAGAAACAGAAACCGAUCAUGUUGGUCCAACUGUUGAGUUACAAAACACCAUGCCCGAAAUUGCUCGUCCAAUGACAAGUUUUCAACCAGGCAUUUCCAUAGAUGAGUUCAUCGACUGUCACUCCCUCGACAGCAUAACUCAUGCCCGUAUGCAACAGCAAAUUGACGAACUGAAAGUAUUAGUGAAGGGAGAAGUUUUCGCAUCAUAUGAUGUUUCUUAUCAGCUGAAAUUAAUUGAUGAAAUCCAACGCCUAGGCGUGGCAUACCAUUUUGAAACAGAAAUAGAUGAAGCACUAGAAAAUAUCUAUGUUAAAUACCAUGAUGAUGGUGAUGUCGACCUAUACAAUGUUUCUCUUCGUUUUCGUCUGCUAAGACAACAUGGAUAUAAUGUUUCAUCUGAUAUAUUCAGCAAAUUUAAAGAUGCAAACGGUUACUUCAAGGAAAGCUUAAUUGUUGAUAUCUUGGCUAUCCUAUGCUUGUAUGAGGCAACACAUCUUAGGGUUCAUGGAGAAGAAAUACUAGAAGAAGCUCUUGUUUUCACCACCACCCACCUUGAAUCAGCGAUAAGUGGUGUAAGCUAUCCACUAGCUGCAAAAAUAUCUCAAGCCCUAGAGAGGCCUCUGCGUAGAGGUGUAGAGAGGUUAUGUGCCAGGAAUUACAUACCAAUCUACCAGGCCACGACUCCGCAUAACGAAACCUUACUGAAACUUGCGAAGUUAGAUUUCAAUCUGGUUCAAUCUUUACACAAAGAGGAGCUUAGUGAGCUUUCAAGGUGGGCGAAAGAACUAGGCUUUGAAAAGAAUCUUCCUAGCGUAAGGCUUAGGAUUGUGGAGGCUUUCUUGUGGAUGGUGGGAAUGUAUUUUGAACCCCGAUACUCGGUUGGAAGAAUAAUCGCAACAAAACUGGGUUUUCUAGCUAUAAUAUUGGAUGAUAUCUAUGAUGCAUGUGGUACAUUCGAAGAACUCAAGAUACUUCGUGAAGCAAUUGACAGGUUUGAUGUCAACUAUUGCAUGAAUGGUCUACCACGAUACAUGCAAGUAUUCUAUCAUUCACUUUUGAAGACUAUGAAUGAAGUUGAGGAAGAGCUAGAAAAGCAAGGAAUAUCAUACCGAGUCCACUACGCAAAACAAGUUUUGAAGGAUAUAGCUAGAGACUACCUUGUUGAGGCCCAAUGGCUCCAUGAAGGAUGUACCCCAUGCCUGGAGGAGUAUAUGCAUGUCAGAGUGCCUUCUGUUGGUGCUUGUCUGACUAUAGUCUUUUGUUUACUUGGAAUGGAAGAAACUAUUACCAAGGAAACAUUUGAGUGGAUUUUGAAGUACCCUAAAAGUGUUUGGGCUUCAAGCCUUAUUUUUAGGCUCAUGGAUGACAUUGUGGGGAGUAAGUAUAAGAAACAAAAAGGGGAUGUUGCUUCUACUAUUGAGUGUUACAUAAAGCAAUAUGGGGUCUCCGAGAAAGAGACUAUCGAUGUGUUUAACAAACAAAUUGUGGAUGCAUGGAAGGACAUGAAUGAGGAUUUACUUCGACCAAAUGUUGUGCCAAUGCGUGCGCUUAAGCUCAGUGUUAAUUUUGCAAGAGUUUUUGAUCUCUUUUACAAAGAAGAAGAUGAACUCACAUAUGUUGGGAAAGUAGCAAAACGGUCUGUUGCUGCACUUUUUGUUGAUCCAUUGCCACUCGAAUGAAAUAUGCAUGGAUAUAUUCUCUAGUGUAGUACGUACAUGAGAGUAUUGUCUUUUACUCUCUUUCUCAAUAAUUAGAUGAUCUUUGUGCUUGAUCUGUCUUGUCCACUUUUUAAUAUUUUUACAUGUAAUUCAACCGGAUAAAUCUAAAUUAUAUUACAUGGAUGUAAGCAACAACUAUUUGUUGUGGGUGUGGUACUCUUUCCGAGUCCCUUUGUGGAAAGGUUUUGAUGAGGCCACUAUGUACCCAUUCCAAUUAUAUUAUUUGAUCAAAAAUAAAUUAGGGUGGUGCUAUUCACACACCCAUUUUCUCUA